AUGGCACCCCGUGUCAACCUCCGUUCCUCGGCCGUCAAGCGUAUCAUGCAAGAGGCUGCCGAGCUCGCUGAUCCGGACACGGACGACUUUGUUGCUGCCCCUCUGGAGUCGGAUAUCUUUGAAUGGCACUGCACGCUCCGCGGUGUUCCCGGCACCGACUAUGAAGGCGGUCUGUACCACCUCCGUAUCAUCCUCCCACCAAGCUAUCCGAUGAGCGCACCCGACAUUGUGCUCAUGACACCGAGCGGCCGGUUCGAGCUGGGCAAGAAGAUCUGUAUCGACGGCCUCACGUCGUUCCACGCCGGCUCAUGGCAACCUGCCUGGGGCGUGCGGACGGCCAUCACCGGUCUGCGCGCGUUCUGGACUCAGGACGGCGAGGCGCUGAGUGCGAUUGGCGCGUUGGACUAUCCCAAGGACGAGAGGCGGAGGCUGGCAAAGUUGUCUCGCGACUGGACAUGUCCCACAUGUAACGCCACCAAUGUGUCCCUGCUGCCCGACCCAACAGUCAUCAAGAAAGAAGCCGAGCCACAGGCCUCGAGCUCGAGUCCCCCGCUUGCGACUGGCUCCACGUUCCCAGCUAUGCCUGUGGUUACCGCCCCAGCGCCCGAUGACCAACCACAUACCGCGAACUCAGACGCGGACGCGAGUGUGAAUGUGGACAGCGCCGCCAGCGCCCUCCCACUCCCCGCUGUGGGCGACGUGUCCGCUGGCCACGUUGCCGACAGCGAGGGCGCCGGGUCUCGCACCGGACCAGUUGUGGACGAGACCGCUUCUCCGGCUGCCUCACACCCGGAUGCGGCCCUCUCCGCGCCAUCAAGCUCGACUUUGGCUGGCGUCGUCUUGCCCGUGGCAGCUGUUGUUCCCGUGCCAAGUGUUGGCGAGGCAUCGACUGCGCGAGCUGGUGAUGUUGCCGCGGACGAGCUCGCGGCCGCACCGCCCUCGGCCGUCGUGGAACAGCCCCAGGCCCAGACCUCCAGCACACCUGCUUUUGUCGUGGCAGCACAGCCACCUGCUGCGCAGCCUGUCGCACCCGUACCCGUACCCAACGGCCGUACCAACAACCACAUCACCCACCACGGCAACGGUAACACGAACGGCAACGCCAACGUGGCCUUUGCCACCGUUCCCGCGCGCUUCACUGCCGUGCCCCCUCGCCGCCGUGGCCAACGCCGCGCCAGCCCCAUGUGGCUCGACGCGCUCAUCGGCGCACUGGUCGUGCUGCUCCUGGCCCUCAUUGCGCGUCGCUAG